AUGGGUUACUAUGAUCUUGAUGACAUCUUAGCAGAUUCUGCUGAAAUUCCAUGUAAAUUUUUACAUGAUAUUCCAGGUUUAGGCUAUUUGGAGAAUAACCCUGGUGGUACGAUUCACGUCAAUACCCAGUUGAAGUUACCUCUAUGGCUGGCUCGUGUUCUAGCCAUUAUCGAUGCAUCAUCAGCAUCAGAUGACGUUGGAAAUGCUGACAUUUUUAAUACUGAACAACAAUUUACUCCAUUUCUUAACAUGCUGACACCGGAAACUUUUACUAAUAAAGUUAUUAAUGCAAUCAAGACCGAUCCAAUAUCCCUUGAUUUGCAUUCUAUUAACCCUUAUUUUUACGCUCUGGCCAUCAAAUGGAUUGAAUUAUUUAGUGAUAAAGAUUUGGCAGAAAUAGUUAGUGAUCUGUUAUUACAAAGGUCUCAAGUUAUUAAUGCUCAUGCUAAUAGUACCACUAUAUCGUAUAAUAAUAACAGCAAUAGCACUAGCUCCACUGGUAAUAAUAAUACAACCAAUAACAAUCACGCCCUGUUCACUCUAACGUUAGAUGAAUUUGAGAAAAAAAUCUAUAAAGAAGCUAAUGAUUCAUACAAGGAUAUCAAGAAAUGGAUAUAUCAAUAUUAA